AUGCCUGAUUCAGUAGCUGUCUAUGGUGGUAUUCGCAUACCACAAUUCGGCAUUGGCAUUGUCAUGGAAUAUAUCAAUGGGCAAUCACUUGCUGCAGCUCUCGCUGAUAACUCAACAAUUAUUCGUAAUUUAUCUAUUCGAGAACGUUUAGAAAUUGCAUUGGGUAUUGCUAAAGGUCUUGCCGAACUUCACUUAGCUCGACUUGUUCAUCGUGACUUCAAACCAGAAAAUGUUCUCCUUUCUCAAUCUCCUGCUGGUAGUUAUAUACCAAAAAUAGUUGAUUUUGGAGUUAGCUUUCAAUUGGCAAUCGCAUCGGCUACGUUCGUUAAAGAAUCAGGUGGUACUAUCGGUUAUGAUGCACCAGAAGUCGUCAUUGAUAAUAAAGCACCAUCUGUAGCUUCAGAUAUUUAUUCUUUAGCAUUUACGCUUUAUGAACUCUUAACAGCAAAACGUGCUUUUACUGGUUUGAAAUUGACACAAAUCUUGGGGAGGUUUACAAUGCGUGGCGAACGUCCAAACAGUUGA